AUGCUUAACUGUUUCGAUUGUAAGCAGAUUUCUUGGUAUUGGUAUGUCAUCUUAGGAUUCGUAGAUGUACAAGGCAGUUUCCUUGUUAAUAAAGCAUACCAGUUUUCAUCAAUCACGAGCUUGACAAUACUUGGUUGUAUGACGGUUGUUUGGGUCAUAAUUCUCACUUGGCUAUUUCUCGGGACAAAGUAUUCCGUGUGGCAGUAUCUUGGGUCAGCUGUAUGUGUUACAGGACUAUGUUUGGUUGUAUUUUCUGAUUCUGGGGUUGGAGGUGGAGGUGGCUCCAAUCCCGUUCUUGGAGAUGUUCUUGUGAUUGGAGGGACCAUUUUCUUCGCAUUAAGCAAUGUUGGUGAGGAAUUUUGUGUUAAAAAGGCUGGUCGAGUUGAAGCAAUAGCAAUGUUCGGCUUAUUUGGAACCCUUGUGAGCUUAGUGGAGAUAGCCAUUUUUGACAAGAAGAAUCUCGAAGUGGUAACUUGGUCACCGGAAGUUAUUUUAAACUUCGUGGGAUUUGGAAUAUCAGGAUUUAUGUUCGGUUCUAUAACACCUCUCGUUCUACAGGCUAGUGGAGCCACACUAUUAAAUCUUUCACUAGAUUUUAGACCCUUUUGUGUCAUCUGA